AUGAUUAUUGGCAUGACUAGUUUCAAGACAAUAAACAUGAAAUCUUUUGCACUUCUAAUACUACUACUAACAUUAUUCCUAUUCACUUCAAGUGAAGGAAGAGCAGUAAGCUUGAAGAGCAACAAAGGUGCAACAAGUACAGUGACAACUAUCUCCACAAACAAUCAUAACCAUGGACAAGAUUCUGGUUUUGUAGUCAUAAACGAGGGAGACUUCCGUCCUACAACUCCAGGACAUAGCCCCGGAGUUGGCCACUCAGUUGGCCCUACCGCAACCUUUGAUCCUCAACCUUGA